AUGUCCUACACACCGCACAUCUACUCGCCUCAACCCCAGGCCACACCAAUCUACUCCUCCACCCCGCCCGCACCACCACCCAAACCCUGCGGCUCCUCAACUCCCUCCAGAGGCCCUCCCCUCCCACCACCACCCAACGAACCCUCCGAACUUGACGGCAGCCAACCAUUUCCCCAGCAACCGCACCACCAAACCCAGGUCCAACCCUCCAUCCCCGCAAUCGAAACCAACUGGCUCCCUUCAGCUCUCAAAGACAAAACCACCGGCGACCUGCACCACUUCCUCUCCACGCCCGCCUUACAAACCGCCUACCUCUCCAACCCAGAAACAACCCAUCCUGCGAUCCCCGCCUCAGAAGCCUACCUCACACCCUUGAUAAACUCGAAUCUCGCCCUCGCAAUCUCAGCACUGGAACUAGAGACUCGACUCAGCAGCCUUCGCGAACGAACACAAUCGCGACUCCUAGCUCUGCGAGCGCUGGAACAGCAGCACAGGACGAAGAUCAGUGAGACGGAGGAUGCGUUGCGGGAUUUCAGUCCGAUGGCGCUGUAUCAGAGGCUGAAUGCGAGUGUGCAAGAGCAGGAGUUGCUCGUGAGGGGCGUGGAGGAGAGCUGGUUGGAGGAGGAUGGCGUGGCGUCUGAUAGGGAAGUUGGGGAUUUCGUGAGGAGGGUGAAGGAGGCGAGGAAGGUUGCGUUUCUGAGGAGGGAGAGGAAGAGUCGUUGGGAUGAAGGGCGAGUAGGUGGAUGGCGUUGA